AUGGCUUCGGCAUCGCAAUUGACCUCGCCCUUCUUUAGCCAAAAAACAACCAGUACCAACAACAGCUCACAGUCAUCACUGCUAUCUUCCCAAGCCUCGCAGCCUUCGACACAACCCUCUCGGGCUUCGUCACCACUUGAGCCCGAUCCGGAAGCAGAUCUUGACCAGGAAUAUUUAGACGAAAUCGACGAGCAUCCGCCUGACGGAUGGACCGGCUAUUUGAGCGCCCAGUAUCAGACCCAUAUCGUCGACAAUCUGAAGCAGACCGUGUUCGAGAAGAUCGACCAGCUCAAAGCCUCCAUUACCUCCAUUCAGCAGAAUCAUGCCAGUCAAGAGAAAGCCAGCGCAGCAUCCGUCAACGAAUUUAGAGCCACACACGAUCAGAUUUUUAGUACCCUUCGAGACCUCAAGCCUAUUCCAAGCCGGCUUUCCGCACUAGAAACCAAUGUCAGGCAGAACAAGGAACAAGCAGGCUAUGCACUGUCCAAUCUCGACGACAAGGUCUCGAGGCUGAAAACAGAUCUGGGACUAAAGUAUGACGGAGCUAUGAGGGGGUUGAAAAGCGUCCAACAACAGAACAUGUCCCUCCUUGAGGCACUCGAAGUCCUGCAGGGGAAGAUCGGGAAUUUGCAGCAACAACAGACGCAGACGAAUGAGAGACUCUCCUCUUUCCAAAAUGAAAUGGAGAAGACUUUGGCACCAUAUCAAGGACUUUCCCAUGAGGUCUUGGAAUUAUUGAGACAGCUCCACUCUCGUCGCGCGGACCUCAUGGGACUUAUGGACCGGCCGACCACAGCUACGAGCGGCUCGAACGUGCCACUUAUUGAAGCAGGCUGCCUCUCGCCGCAGCUAAGAAAGCGCUUCCCGCUCGAGAGAAACGACCAUCUGCCACGACCAAGCAGCCCGGCACCACGAAGCAGAAAGCCCCCGUUGCAGACAUGGAAACCCCUCCUGUCAGAGCAAACAUUCAAGACAUGA